AUCAGUUAACCCGUUUUUUUAUUAGUGAACGUUCUCUAUUAUACUCGGGCAAGAAAAGUUUAGUAUUUACAAUUCUUCAGUUGACUUGUCACCUCGUGAAUGAACGCAUGUGAUUAAGAAUUGCUCCAUUUAAUAGUCAUGUUUAUCUUAAUAUAAAAUAAAAUUCACAUGACUUUAAUGUGUUUAGUUAAUUUUAUUUGUGAUAAUACUGUACAAAAUGUAUUGUGAUGUGUAUUAUAUUUAUUAAUGCCGAAUUCUACCUUUCUUCUUCGCUACUUAGUCAUAUAUAAUCAUAUGACUAUUUAAUAAAAUAAGAACUAUAAUAAAUUACAGUGAUUACAGUCAGAUUAAUACUUAAUAUCAUAAUAAAGUCAUAUCAUAAUAUAAGGCCAAAAGCUAUUAUAUUUAGUGUGAGUUUUAAUAUCAUCAGUGAAUCAUGGUUAAUAAAAAUUUACGGUGUUCUGUUAGUACUAUACAAGUUAAUAAUGACAAUGAAGUUAAGGAACCAAGUGCAGACUUUGAAACAGCUCUGUCAGCGACUGGUUUUGGUGCAUUCAAUAUCUUUCUGAUGUUGGCAUUGAUCCCAGUGGGUUGGGCUAACGCAUUUGAUAUGACGUCUUCAGCAUUUAUCUUGGCUUCAGCAGAAUGUGAACUCGAAUUAACAUUUAUUCGUAAAGGGUUACUCUGCAGCGCUGUAUAUAUUGGAAUGAUGUUUACCCCAUUAUUUUGGGGUUUCGUAUCAGAUCGUUUGCCCAAACGAACAUUAAUGCUUUUCGGUCUAUUGAUUGAUGCAUUGUGUAAUAUACUUUGCAGUGUCAUCGAAUCAUAUUACAUUUUUAUAAUUCUUAAAUUCAUAACUGGCACUAUUGUUAGUGGGCCAUUUACUCUUCUUACUCCUUAUCUCAGUGAAUUUCAACCAAAUAAAUAUCGGGCUAAAUUAAUGACUUGGUCCGGCCUUUUAUAUAAUGCAGGAUUUAUUAUUCCAGCAAUAUUGGCUUUUAAUGUAACGCCACUCCAAUGGACAUUUAUUCUCUUUGAUCGAGAAUUUACUGCUUGGAGACUUUAUUACUUCGCAUGCUGUAUUCCAUCUAUCCUCGGCUUUUUGGUACUGAGUUUCCUUCCGGAAACUCCUAAAAUGCUUAUGGAAAAUGGAUAUCUGCCAAGGGCUUAUGAUUUACUUAGACGUAUUUACAUAAUCAAUAAUAGAUUGCCUAUUGACACUUAUCCGAUAAAAUCUUUGCAGCAACCUUCAAAAAAACUUAAUGAAAUAACAGAAGAAUCAAAACUUAAAAAAAUUCGUGAUACUUGGGAUAAUAUAAAAGAAUUAUUUAAACCACCAUAUUUGGGACAUUUUUUAAUAAUUAACUUACUACAAUUUGGCAGUAUGCUUUCAUUCAACACAUUGCGGCUUUGGGUACCGCACAUGUUCAUCAUAAUCAACAACUUUGACUACUCUCUGUGGGAUCCUGCCCGUGGCAAUCCAACGAUAUGCGAGUACUUGAUUCCUGGCGUGAUUCCCCCAGGUCUAGCAAACGAGACUUUCUAUGCAAAUCACACCUGCAUUCGGUGGUACAUAAAUCCAAGCGUAUAUAUCAAUUCGAGUAUUAUUGCUGCUUCCGCCGUUGGAUUUUCAUUCCUUGCUGGUCUAUUUUAUACCACCAGAUUGCGAAAAAAAACUGUUUUGAUUAUUAGUUACUUGAUCGCAAUAUUCAGCAGUUUCGGAACUAAUUGGGCACAACUUGUACCUUUAAUGUUGACCCUAUCAGCAUCUAUUGUUGUAACGGGCCGAAUAACGGCUAACAUAGUUAUCGCGGCUAAUGCCGACGUCAUUCCCAUACCGUUAAGAACAACGGCUGUCAGUUUUAUUACAAAUACCGGAAAUUUAGCAAGUAUUAUCGGAAACCUCGUAUUUCCAGCUCUUCUUGAAUUUGAAUGUCUGAGUGCGUUCAUGGGAAUUGGCGUAAUGUUAAUACCAUGUGUCUUUAUGUCACUUUUUACGCUACGAUCAGAGGGAAAAAAAAUAACAAUAACACCUCCUUAAAGUAACACCUUAAUAUAUGUAAUAUACAAUGUACAAAUGCAUAAAUAGUUAAAAAUAUCACAUCAAGAUCAGAACGAAAAUUUAAUUGGAUCAUAUUUAUAUAUUUAGCUAUGAUCAACAGACAGAAAAACAGUAUUACUCUUUGAUGAAGUUGACUUUUAAAGUGAUAGACCAUCAGGAUGAAAAUUAUUCAGGAUGAUGAUGAUGAUAAUAAUGAUGGACUUAUCAAUAUCUCAAAUAAUUAUUAAACUUCCGUUGAUGAUUUGCGUCACUGAUUAGAAUAAUUGAUAUCGAUAUACUCAAGUAUACGCUUUACUUUACAUAAGUUUGAAGUUUAACUUUGUACUUAAAUAAUAAACAUCAUAAAAGUUAAUUAUUAUUAAUGUAAAGAAAAAAUGAUUGAAAAGAAAAAAAAAUGAAUUCAUGACAAAGUGUGAUU